AUGUCCGGGCCGAGUCCUGCCAGCUCUGUUGAUGCCACCACCACCUCCGCGCCGCCCUCCACCGCGAUCACGCCUCCACCCGUCACCGCGCCCCCGACCUCUGCUGGUUUUGACACGCUGGCAGCAGCCAUCUAUGGCCUGCAGCGCCAGAUGGGUCAGCUAGCAACCAGGCUCUCCGUUCGGGACGGCCCCCGGGAGUCGCCGCCGCCAUCGUCCAUGUCGUACGGCCUGCCGGGGUUCGGCGGCCUCCACGGCGCCGGGCCCGUUGCCUCUGCACCGCCCGCGUCGGCCGUCGUGGUGCACACCAAGGGAUCGACACAGCUUCCUCACCCGUCGACGGCGGUGCCCAUAACGCAAAUCGCGUUCCCGCACUCACCGUCCCCGAUUCCCAACCUCGACGACCAGUCGCCGUACAUGCCGUCCUACGACGCUCACGCGGACACGCUGGGGGUGCCGCGGUUCCACAAGCUCUCCUUCCCGACCUACAACGGCAAGGACGAUCCCCUAGGGUGGCUGAACAAGUGCGACCACUUCUUCCGCGCCCAGCGCACUCCUGAGGGGGACAAGGUGUGGCGCGCCUCGUUCCAUAUAAGCGGCGUGGCCUAG